AAGAUACUAAUCUCUGUUUUGUGAGGACAUUUUUUGUUUCAGUUGACGAUCGGAGUAUGACGUCAGAAGCGAUGUUUUUUUUUGGUUGAAUUUUUGGUCUGCCGAGUGGGGGCGUAACAAUUUAGCUGCAAAUGAUUCUCAAUUUUGGGAAAAGUCAUCCUUCUGAUUGCGAUCAAUAUUUAGUAUUUCCAGACAAGCCCAAUGUUGUUGAACCGCCUUUUAUGAACGGUAUCGCAUCAUGCUUGAAAUUGUCGCUAUUUAUUGAGUGCAGUCAGUCCGAUUGGUUGGUUAUACGCUACAUUAAGUUCAACAACAGUGCUUUAAGUCAACAUGAGCGAUAUGUCCCAUCAAGAGUCCGUCAAGCCCGGGGAUUCAGCAAGCCAGACUGGCAAGAGCAGCACAAGCAGUACCUCCAGAGCUAGAGUCAAAGCAAUGGUGAAGAGAGCGGCCUUGGCAGCUCAGGCAGCAGCUCUCAACGAACAACAAGCUCUUGAACUGGAGGAGUUUAAGCUGAAGCAGAGAAGGAGUAAGCUUGAGCUACAGACAAGACUCAGCAUGGCAAAAGCUGAGGAAGAGGUUUUCUCCCAGCAUGGAGAGAGCAUGACUGCUGCUGUAGAUAAAGAUGUCUCCCAACAAAGAGGGGCCUUGACGACGGAGCCCAGCAUGGCUACAGAUUUAGAGAAGGCUGUCUACCAGCUGAGACAGCCCUCACAGGUGCAACCUAACAGGGUCAGCACUACAGACAAGGACUUCUCCCAGCGUGGAGAGAGACUGCUGCUGCAGAUGAAGAUGUCUCUCAACAAAGAGGGGCUUUGA